CACCCGAGAAGAAAGCGGAGGAAGUCGUAAGGCUGCAAGGCUGCUUUGGACAUGUCGCCGUGAAAACUCCCUGGAAUUCCCCCCUACCCCACGCCCACACUCCCUGCUCCCCUCCAUCAUCCGCGAUCGCUCGGCACCCCGCGGUAGAGAUGCUGCGCGGCAGCGUGGGGAGGAGGCGGCGAGCAUGAAGUCGGCAGGAUGGGCGCGAACAAUGGCAAGCAGUACGGCAGCGAGGGCAAAGGCAGCUCAAGCAUCUCAUCCGACGUGAGUUCAAGUACAGAUCACACACCCACCAAAGCCCAGAAGAAUGCAGCUACCAGUGAAGACUCCGACCUGAGCAUGCGGACACUGAGCACACCCAGUCCAGCAUUAAUAUUUCCACCAAACUCCCCUGGUUUCCAAAAUGGCAGAGCAUCAUCAACAUCUUCAUCCUCAGUCACUGGGGAAACUGUUGCCAUGGUCCACUCACCGCCUCCAACCCGUCUCACUCAUCCUCUUAUCCGGCUGGCAUCCAAGCACCAGAAGGAACAGGCCAACAUAGACCGGCUGCCUGACCACUCCAUGAUCCAGAUAUUCUCCUUCCUGCCUACCAACCAGCUGUGCCGCUGUGCCCACGUGUGCCGCCGCUGGUACAACCUUGCCUGGGACCCCCGACUCUGGAGGACUAUUCGCCUGACUGGUGAGACAAUCAACGUAGACAGGGCUCUUAAAGUGCUGACCCGAAGGCUUUGUCAGGAUACACCCAACGUAUGUCUCAUGUUGGAGACAGUAAUUGUUAGUGGCUGCAGGCGGCUCACAGACAGAGGACUCUACACCAUUGCCCAGUGCUGUCCAGAACUGAGGAGGCUGGAGGUAUCUGGCUGCUACAACAUCUCCAAUGAGGCAAUCUUUGAUGUCGUGUCACUGUGCCCAAACCUGGAACAUCUGGAUGUGUCAGGCUGCUCCAAAGUAACGUGCAUCAGUUUGACUCGCGAAGCCUCCAUCAAGCUGUCUCCCUUACAUGGGAAACAAAUCUCCAUUCGCUACUUGGACAUGACAGACUGCUUCGUCCUGGAGGAUGAAGGACUGCACACCAUUGCUGUGCACUGCACUCAGCUGACCCACCUGUACCUGCGCCGCUGCGUCCGCAUCACCGACGAGGGUCUCCGCUACCUGAUGAUUUACUGCACAUCCAUCAAGGAAUUGAGUGUGAGCGACUGCCGCUUUGUCAGUGACUUUGGCAUGCGGGAGAUUGCCAAGCUGGAGUCGCGUCUCCGAUACCUUAGCAUCGCUCACUGCGGCCGUAUCACAGACGUGGGCAUCCGUUACAUAGCCAAAUACUGCAGCAAGCUGCGCUACCUCAACGCGCGGGGCUGCGAGGGCAUCACGGACCAUGGCGUGGAGUACCUCGCCAAAAAUUGCACAAAACUCAAAUCUCUAGAUAUUGGCAAGUGCCCUCUGGUCUCAGACACCGGCCUGGAGUUUCUAGCCCUCAACUGCUUCAACCUGAAGCGCCUGAGCCUGAAAUCAUGUGAGAGUAUCACUGGGCAGGGCCUGCAGAUUGUAGCUGCCAACUGUUUUGACCUGCAGAUGUUGAACGUGCAGGACUGUGAUGUCUCUGUGGAUGCUCUGCGAUUUGUUAAGAGGCACUGCAAACGCUGUAUUAUAGAGCACACCAACCCUGCUUUCUUCUGAAAGGACACCCCACACCUGUCAUUACAACGCAGUAUUAAAACCACUGAUGUAUAAACAUGUGCUCCCAUAUUCAGUAAUGCUGACUUUUCUAUAGCUCACAGCAAUCAGCUUUCCUUUUAUGUUGUGGGUGAAGGGGUUUUCUAGAGGACUAAUUUGUUUGCUUUCUGUUUGAUCACUUUUUAAGGUGCGGUAGGUCUCCAUGGAGAGGCUACCUUAAUGCAAAAGCAAUGAGUGCUCAACAUCCCCAGUGGGCUGCAUUUUCAUAACAGCCAUGACCUUGUCCCAGGCUACAGUAGCUAACUCCAAAGGAAAUAGCACAUAAUCCCUCCUUUGGAAAUGUUGCUAAGCUGUGUCAAAUACAUCUGAGCUCGUGAAGCUGACUAUGCAAUAUGUGUCUGUGGUCUCCAACUUCUUCCAGUAUGGCUGAUAAAGCAUCCCCUUGUCUCCAAGUAGUUUUCCUAUGGUAGUCAUCCAUUGUAGUCCCUCAGGAAAUACUGGGUAAUGUUCUUAAACGUACUUGACUGAUACAAAACAAGAUCUACUGGCUAUUGCUGAGCACUCUGUUGAACGAAUCUGGAGAUUGUGUCCAUGCAUGAACUCCCUCGGAAAGCCCAUCUCCAGGUCAUCACUACUUGCCUUCAUUUAGAAAUCCUCCCUAUUCUGCAUGUGUAGUACCACUGUCUGCUAGGAGAUAGGGACUUCUACUAUGCAAUGACAUACUCACCUGAGUGAAGGAAAACAGAUGAGAUAUCGGUGCACUGGCAAAGGGAAAAGCCAGCAAAUUCAUCCUGAGAAGCUGCUGUAAUUCUGAAACAAGCUGAGAUAGCACUGUAGUACACUGGGGACUCUCUUGAGGUGUUGUGGAGCAGCUUGCACAGGGCAGUCCCAAUUGCUGUGCUGUUGGGGCUGUUGCCAGAAAUUCUUUGUUCCUUCACUGUAUCUCUUCAGCAGCUGUGGCAUCAUUGCAGCUGACACUCCUUGAGCAAGUCAGACAUGUGCAUUGAGGUAAAUUCAGUGUGUGCUGUCAUACACAUAGAAACCUGACCUUUUUCUGUGGCCCUCCUGUUCAAGGGAGAGAUGACUGAUCUCAAGAUUUCAGAGAUAUCAGCCUGAUGCUCAAUAGCCCCCCUGGGGACAGAGGGCCUUAGAGUGUUAUUCACAUUAGAUUUAGUUUUUGUGAAUCCUUAUCUGUGUGUGUUCCCUUAAGCCGGAGAAACAGCUGCUGUUCAACAGGAAUUAAAAUGCCAGUGUUGCCCUGUGACACUGGGAGCCUCCUAUAUUCUCAUGGUCAUCCAGUGAUUUGGAGGUUCCCCCAUCUCACUGUCUCCUUCCCUAGAGCAUGUGGCCAUUGCAUGAUUACUUUCUUCACCAUUUUCUAGCAGCUGUUUCUCUGCAUUUUCACAUGUAAUGCUCAGAUCUGAAAGCCAGACACGUUAGGGAUGAUGAUAUUUGCAGGCAGACCCCCUGCACCUGACUGACAGAUGAAUUCAUACAUUCAGCUCAAAAACUAUAAACGUCUUGGUAGAGAACAUAAGAAGGGAAGCCUGGUUUUCAUAAGCACUAGUUCCAUCAUCUCCAGACAACACUAAUAAAAUCAUUCAUAUGAAUUGAAAAUCCAUAUGCUUAAGAAAAAUACACAACAGCUGAGGAAGCAAUGAUUUGGACAUGUCCCUUCAGUGGGAACCUACCCUGCUGCUGCAGAAAUUCCUGUAAUUAUGUGUGUUCUCUGAUUUUGAGUUGCUUAACAUACAAGAUGUAAUCAGCUCUGAAUUAUAAAUCAGAUUGCACUAAAGCAAAGGGGGCCAUGGGAAAUAAAUUUGUCAUUGCUACUUUUACUGGUCAGUGACUAAUAGGGGUUGAUACCAUCCUUUGGCCAGUUACUAUCAUAUUCCUGUGUUUUUAAAA